UCUCUGGAAAUAAAAGAUACGCUCGUUAACUCGCAUCUUAACCAAGUUAAAACCACCGCAAUCCCUGGCGCAACCCCGACCAUCCACCUUUUCUUCGACCUCUAUCUAGCACAAGAAGCCCAAUUUAUUCGUACGGUAGAUAACUGUUGAGGUGAAUGUCGCUUUCUUCGAAUAACGUUCGUUUGCUACGGCCCCACUAUCGCACACUAUAGUUGGAAGGUAGGUUGGAAGCUUGGCGGAGGCCAACCAUGGCUCAUGGUGCAGACCGCUGACCGGCCGCAGACCCAACAUUCACAAGAAUUUUUUAGUGAUGUGAUCUAACGACGCUCGUGCUGUUCUAGCGGCGACUCGCCUUUCGACACUUUGAGUGAUUUUUGUGUUGUGAAGUGACUGACUAGACGAUGGUAGUGAUAAGAAGACAAACAGUGUUUGUGCUGGUGGCGGUGGUGUUUGUGAACUGGACAUGUGGGAAUGAAUGUCCCGAUGGUACGCAAGCAGGAAAUUGCAUCUUGGCGAAUGGACAUAAUGAAACGUCCCAAGAGGUGACAAGCCACACACCAAAGCCAAAAGAUUUACCCAAGUCGAUGAAUAUGUUAGCAGAAGACCAAAUGAGCGACGAACCCAGAGGCCGUGCUCUCAAUUUUACCAUGAAAGAUCCCAACAGCGAAAAUGUGUUAUCCUCGAAUACUACAACGCACGACGAAUUCGGUGACCUUAGCGAUGUUAGCAUAAACGAAGAUGAGGACGAAGACGAGCACAGCAUGCAAACCGAGAGAAUAUUGACACCUAAAGUAACAGGACAUAAUAAUGUCACGAACAGUUCAGUGCAAGGAGUGUGCGAAAAAGGAGGGUUGACAUACGAAAACGGGGAAAAAUUAGAAAUUGGGUGUGACUCGGUAUGUACUUGCCGAAAUGGGAAAAUGAACUGUGAAGAAAGAUGUCCUAAGCCGCUGUUCCGUAAGGGAAAGAAAAUAGAUGAUCCGUUAUGCACCGCCAAAGAUGCAGAAGAUUCGUGUUGCUCGAUUAUGAUUUGUUCAGCAGACACAGAAACAGAACCACUGGAAAUAUGUACAUUCAAUAAUCAUACUUACAACAGAGGCGACACCUUUAAUAAAGAAUGCGAAGAAGUCUGUACAUGUGAAGCUGGUGGAAAAUUAUCUUGUAAAAUGCGAUGUCCUCAAGUGCAAAAAACCAACGACAAAUGUGUAGAACUACCAGACCCCAACGAUUCUUGUUGCAAAAAAUUGUUUUGCGAUGUAACAUUAGACGAUCACGAACCUGAUAAAGACGUUAUCCAGAAACAUAAGUUAGUUUUCGCGAAAUUCCUUAAUACAUCGACCAUAGAGUUGAAGUUUGACCCAAAACCCAACGAUAAAGAAGCGGACAUUUAUAUUGAGGGUAGUUCCAAUCAAAACGACUGGAAAACGUACAAAAUUCGAGAACAAAAGUAUGUUGAUGUAAUGGAAGGCACUAAAUAUCUCAAAAUGGAAAAUACUGACCAAUCGAUAAAAAUUGAAAAACUGGAUACAAAUGAAACUAAAUCAGAAAACGGAGAGUGCAGUUAUAAAGAGAUGAACUUUAAGUUAAAUGAAGAAUACAACGAUAACUGUACUUCAUUGUGUGUUUGUAAAGAAACUGGAAUGACGUGUUUGGAAUUACGAUGCCCGACUUACUUUGGAGUGGACGUUUUAGACCCACACUGUGUGGAGUGGGAGACUGUGCCUCCAGAUUUUCAACCGUCACCUCCAAAUUGUUGUCCCGAAAAACUGACGUGUAAGAGUAAUGGGUCUUGCAUCUACGAAGGUCAUAGUUUCCAGAAUUGGCAACAGCUACCGGAAAAUAUCACGGGUUGCGAUAAGAGAUGUUACUGUGAGAUGGGUAACGUAGAAUGUCAAAACACAUGUCCACCAGUUACAGCUUUACCACCACCCAACUUACCCUGUCCAGUUCACCAAGCAAUCAUCGAUCAUUUGCCUGAAGACGACUGUUGCAUGUACUGGGUGUGCAGUCCACAAUCAGCGACUGGACAUAAUGAAACAAAGAAAGGCGAUAAAGCAAUCAUAAAAAAUACGACAGAAGUCCCAUUCAAUUUUCUUCCAACAAAGGUUCCUUCUAAAAAUAAGGGACCUCUAUUGGUUUACACCAAUCAUGCUAGCAAUUCAUCGGAAACUAACACAAAUAAUCCAUUCACACCACCUAACAUACUUCCCGAUGAAAAUCCCUUUUACCAUAAAAAUAAUAAAGAAGAAAGCAAAGACUCCUUCCCAGGCCCUUAUAACCCUAAUUAUAAAAAAUCCGAAGUUAAACCACAGAAAGGUCAGAAACCUAAACCUAGUAAAGAUAACCCACCGCUUGCCACUCAACCGCCUCGUGGAAAUUACAUUCCUAACCAAAAAGUCAAAAACACGCAGUUUCAUGGAACUCAAGACGAGUUGCUUCAGUUCAUUCAUCAACAUCCAGAAAUCGGCAAUUAUCCCUCAGGUUCUGUAGUAGAAAUUCAUAACGUUCCAGCCAAGCCACCCAACCCAUUCAUUAGCCCCAAUGUUCCAAACGGAAGACCUCAGCAUUUCAUUCCUUACGUUAUUCCCCAAAACGGUCACGUUGACGACUUACCACCUGGCAUAACACUCGAGCAAAUCUUGCAAGAGGUGCACAAGAAUGCCAACCCGCACGGGAGUAUGCUACCCUUCCCAUCUAAUCAGUUCACUGGCGGACCGGUAUUACUAGCCCCACAAAGCCCAAUUCUACCAAAUAGACAUAAUUCGUCGUAUCAAGGUCAAAUGUUUCCUGCAAACUAUCCCAAUAUGCCGGGAGUACCACAAGAAGAUAUUACUGUUACCACACUAGAAGCUCUGGAUGCACAUACGGUUCGAUUGGCGUUUGUUGUUCCACCCGUCAUAGUAGGGUUACACGGAAGGGUAGAAGUUCGAUACACCCAUCAUGAUAAUCCUGAUACAAGUACAUGGGAACUCCAAGUUUUCGCACCCCCCAAUGACUUAAUCGCUACUCCACAACUCGAGUUUGACUUAUUGGACCUCAGAUCCGACACAGAAUAUAAAAUCAAAAUAACCAUCACAAUGCGUGACUUGCACAACACACCGACAAGUCGUGUUUACAAAAUCAGGACUCCCAAAGACGUCAAUACCACCACUUUACCACCUAUGAUUCCGAUCGAACCCGAGUUGGCCAUCAGCGAUAUCAAUGCCACUUGGGUAACGGUAGUGUGGCGUAAAUUCACGGAAUACGAACUGCAGUUCAUAGAUGGUGUUCAGUUGAGGUUCAAAGAAAUUGAAGGGAAAGUUUACGAUGCUACGCCACUGAUUCAUAGAUCCGUCACGAGCUACACUCUCGAAAACCUCAAACCAAAUACCAAGUACGAAAUCGGUAUUUUCUUCAUUCCUUUCACCGGUCAGCUAACGGAACUGCAUGCAGAGCACAUGCUCCACUUUACCACGGCUAAUGAAAUCGAUACUUACGGAUUCAAUGUGACGCUGGAUAUUUCCCACAUUAAGUCGACGAGUGUGGAAAUCUCGUGGUCGGGAGUUCCCUACCCCGAAGAUAAGUAUGUCAACAUAUACAGGGCGAUUUAUCAGAGCGAUUCCGGGAAAGAAGAUCAGAGUACAUUUAAGAUCGCUAAACGGGAUUCGCCGACCAAGACGGUUAUUAUGGAUCUCAAGCCGGGAACUAGGUAUCGACUGUGGUUAGAAGUCUACCUGACGAACGGCAAAACUAAAACUAGUAAUGUCCAAGAUUUCAUUACUAAGCCCAGGGCGGCACCUGCGUUUGGAGCGUCCACGCAACAGGACAAACUUUCUGCGGGUGAACAAAGAGAAAAAGGAGAUUAUUACGGACCCCUAGUCAUUGUAGCAAUUUUAGCUUCCAUAGCUAUUCUAAGUACGUUAAUACUGUUACUAAUAUUAGUCAGAAGGCAUAGCCAAAAUAAAGCUGCCAUCACGCCACCACCACCAAGAGUCAGUCAGUCAGCGUACGACAAUCCGACGUAUAAAGUGGAGAUCCAGCAAGAAACUAUGGGAUUAUGAAAACGUCCGAACUACCACCUCCAACCAUUUUGACUGUUGUAAAUAGUUACGAUAUACUUUUUACCUUUAAAAUCCUCAAAUGUAUUUAAUUUUAAAUAUUAAUUUAAUGUGUAAUAUAAGAUUUAUUGUAACAUA